AUGAGUGUUCGUCACAGAGAUCAUAGGCAUGCUUCAUAUAUGAUUAUUGAAAACCACAUCGCUCCUAAGUAUGAAGAUGUCAACCGAGUUUACAGACCAAGGGACAUUAUUAAUGACAUUCGUCGAGAGUUCGGCAUAACCGUAAGCUAUACUAAAGCGUACAUGGCUAAAAAUUUUGCUUGUGGACUGAUUCAUGGGAAACCCCGUGAGAGUUAUGCGAAAUUGCCAACGUAUUGUCAUGUUUUGGAGAUGCAAAAUCCUGGUACACUGACAUUUAUUCAUACUAAUGAUGAUCGGCGCUUCAAGUACCUUUUUAUGGUAUUGGGACCAACUAUACAUGGGUUCAUAAACUCAAUGCGAAAGGUAAUUUCUGUAGACGGUGCAUUCUUAACAUCGAGAAUGAAAGGUACUCUACUCGUAGCAACUUCUCAGGAUGCAAAUUUUCAAAUAUUUCCACUCGCAUGGGGAGUAGUUGAUUCGGAGAAUGAUGAAUCCUGGACUUGGUUCGUUCAGAAGUUGCGGUUAAUAACAGGUGAUACGGAUGACCUUAACUUGAAGACAAAUUUUCCACGGUGUGAUGUUGCAACUUUGUUUAGGGCAGCGUCAGAGGCUUAUACUGUAACCGAAUUUGAGUCCUACAUGGCAGCUCUAUGCAGUAAAAAGGAGGGCAUCAAAGAGUACGUAUUAGAAGAAGAUUUUCAAUGUUGGGCUAGAGCGCAUUUUACCGGGAUACGUUACAAUAUCAUGACUACAAAUAAUGCGGAAUCUAUAAAUGGUUUGUUGAAGAGUGCUCAAGAACUUCCCAUAGUUGGUUUACUAGAAUAUAUUCGUGGGAUACUACAAAGGUGGUUUUAG